CACGCAGAGUCACAAACACAACCCAGGCCAGGCUCCUCUGUCCUCUCCUCCCUCUUCUCCAGUCCACCCACUAUAGCUUGGACUAGAUCUCAAAAUUCUCCCACAGUUUCCCACUCCCCAUCUCCCCCUUCCCCCCUCCCUCUCCCCCCUCAGAUCUUCCCCAUAUCUCUGUGCUGCCUCGCUCGCCGCCGCAGUCCACUCCCAAUCCAAAACCUAAAGGCUCCCGGCUCCGCCGCCCUGUUCGCUCGCCCCCCGCCUUUUGACUCCCCCCCGCCUAGCUAGCUGCUGCUGCGGAGCAACCCGAAAAUCCUAGAAAAGCAGGUGGUCAAGAAAGAGUGGAAGAAAGGAGCGCGCUGAUGAUGAUGGCGAUAAGUCGACCCAUGAUUCUCCCCAUCAUUCCGACGCCUCCGGGACCUGUGCGCUGCUAAAAGGGCGUCGCCGUCCGUCGCCGCGGUGCUGCUGCUGCUGGUGGUGUGCUUGGCCGGGGGACUCGUCGCUGCGCCGCCGCCAGUCCGCCACAAUGCCGCAGUACCAGGAGCUGCCAUGCGGCGGGCAGGUGCUCGACAUCGACACGGCGCUCAAGGACGGCAUCCUCGGUGCCGCGCUGGAGCCCGGGGAUGCGGCGGCGGGGGACGCCGGGAAGCAGCCGGUCGAGCUCAGGAAGAUGAUGGACGAGCUCGACGCGGCCGGGGACGGCGGCGGGGACGAGGCGGUGCCGGCGGUCUUCAUCUGCCCGAUCUCGCUCGAGCCCAUGGUGGAUCCGGUGACGCUCUGCACGGGGCAGACGUACGAGCGGGCCAACAUCUCGCGGUGGCUCGCACUGGGCCACCGGACCUGCCCGACCACGAUGCAGGAGCUCUGGGACGACGCGCUCACCCCCAACGCCACGCUCCGCCAGCUCAUCGCCGCCUGGUUCUCGCGCCGCUACACCCGCUUCAAGAAGCGCUCCGCCGACUUCCACGGCCGCGCCGCCGACCUCGUCCACGGCCUCCGGGGCACGGCGGUGCCCAGGAGGCAGCCGCUCAAGGGCCAGGCCCGCGUCGCCGCGCUCCGGGAGCUCCGCACCCUCGCCGCCACCCACCAGUCCGUCACCAAGGCCAUCGCCGAGGCCGGUGGCGUGGCCCUGUUGACCUCGCUGCUCGGCCCCUUCACGUCCCACGCCGUGGGGACCGAGGCCGUCGCCAUUCUCGUUAGCGGCGUGACGCUCGACGCCGACGCGAAGGCCGCGCUGAUGGAGCCGGCGAAAGUGUCACUCGUGGUGGACAUGCUCAACGAGGGGGCGGCGGACACCAAGAUCAACUGUGUCCGCCUCAUCCGCAUCCUCAUGGAUGAGAGGGGUUUCCGGCCGGAGACGGUUGCGAGCCUGAGCCUCUUGGUUGGUGUCAUGCGCCUCAUCCGGGACAAGCGGCAUCCGGACGGCGUGCUGGCGGGGCUCGAGCUGCUGAAUUCGAUUUGUGCAGUGCAUAGGCCGGCGAGGAGUAUGAUUGUUAGCAUUGGUGCGGUUCCGCAGCUGGUGGAAUUGUUGCCGGAGCUGGCAACAGUGUGUGUCGAGCCGGCCUUGGACAUCUUGGAUGCCCUGUCUGCAGUUCCAGAGGGCAGGGCGGCUCUCAAGGGUUGCCCGCGGACAAUACCCAAUGCCGUCCGCUUGCUGAUGAGAGUUUCAGAGGCAUGCACGCGACGGGCGCUGUCAAUGCUGUGGACGGUGUGUCGGAUGGCACCUGAAGAGUGUGCACCUGCUGCGGUGGAGGCUGGGUUGGCCGCCAAGCUUCUACUUGUCAUCCAAAGUGGUUGUGCGCCGGAGCUGAAGCAGAAAGCCUCCGAGCUGCUCAAGCUGUGCAGACUCAACUACACUGACACCCUCUUCAUCUCCAAGUGCAAACUCACAAGGACAAUUCAGUGAGGGGAUGGAAAUGAUGCUGCUCUGAUGUGAUUUGAUUCGAUGAUGCGUGGUUUGUCAAUUGACCUUGCUGAGUUCAGAGUUCAAAGGAGGUGGGAUUGCCGAAUUGCCGAAUGAUGGCAGAUUGGUGGGCGGCUACCAUAUCAAUUUGUGGAGAGACAGGAAGAAGCAGUAUAGCAGCAAUGCAGCAUAAUCAGUGGCAUGUUAGAUGGCAAGCAGGCGGAUGUACAUGCAAAUUGAUGUGAAUUUGAUCAGCUCAAUAAGCACUUGAGGCUGGGUGGUAAGUACAGCCAGUUUUGCCAUUAGGAGUAGAGAGCAUUAAGCAAAACCUUAAAAUUUAGAUUUUUGGCAAUGUGGGUAUGUCAGGGCUGUAGAUGUUGCUCCCUUCCCUGUAAUUAUACAGUACUGUCGCUUCAACACUGGAAUAUACAUUGCCAUUGCUUGGAAAAAAAAUUUGAAUUGCUCAUCUUGAUCGCUUACUGCCUAGUCGAAUUGGGGAAGCGUGCUCUUUCCCUGUAGCACAUGCUAAAAAGCUCCAUCCGGCGUUACUUGUGCUGAAACUGAAA